AAGUGUCAUGCUCCCCCCCUCCCCCUUUCCCAGGCCAGCUGGUGAGUUGUCAAAAAAGGCGAGUGAAAAAUAGGGAAAAAAUUCGAUUUGUACAGUCUUUUCUAAAUUAGAUGGUCGAUCUGAAAUAAUUGGCAGUCAUGCGCUUGGUGGUGGUGAUACUUGUGGCGCUGGCGAGCGGCGCUGCGGCGUGGGACGAUGGGGAUCUCGAAGUAUUCGACGUGGUGGAAGAAGUUAACCAGAACUUCUAUGAGCUGAUGGGAGUUGCACAGGAUGCAACCCCAUCAGAAAUAAAGUCGGCAUUUAAGAAAUUAACAUUGAAAUUGCAUCCGGAUAAAAAUGAUUCUCCUGAUGCUGAUGUACAGUUUAGGAACCUGGUAUCUGUUCACAAUAUUCUCAAAGAUCCAGGAAAGAGAGAAAAGUAUAAUGAUGUCCUCAAGAAUGGUCUACCAAACUGGCGUUCUGCCAUUUAUUAUUACCGACAUGUACGAAAGAUGGGCCUGGCGGAAGGAUCCAUCAUUUUGUUCAUCAUCAUCUCAUUCGGGCAAUACGCUGUCGGCUGGGCUGCUUAUGCUGAGAAGAGAUUUACUGCAGAGCAAAUACUAAACAGUAGGGGAAAGAAACAUUCAAAGAAAUCUGGGUUUGAUGCUGGCCUGGCAGAGAUAUUGGAACAACUACCGAAACCAAGUGUAAAAGAUACACUGCCCUUCCAAAUACCGAGGUUCAUCUGGUGGUCCAUUACAGCCAUCCCUCGAGGCAUAGUGGAGCUCAAGAGGAGGGCUGCGGAGAGGCAAGAAGAGGAAAAAAGGCAAAAGAAACGGGAAGAAGAAGAGCGCCUCCGAGCCGAACGCGAGGCGGCCGAAGCGGCGAGCCGGCCAUCGGGCGGCGCUCGGAGACGGCGUGGCUUCGAGCCGCCGGCGCGGGACCACUGUCUACUAGACGCUGCCGAUGCGACGGAGGACGCGCCUGUACCCGUGCCUAUUAAGCCUGCGCCGCCAGUGAUCAGCGGCGGAUUAUGGACCGACGACGACUUAGCCGAGUUAGUCCGGCUCGUCAAGAAACAUCCGCCGGGCGCGCCGGAACGCUGGGAGCACAUAGCUAGUGCUAUGGGCCGCAGCGUGCCCGAGGUCACGCAUAUGGCGGCCAAGCUCAAGGAGAACUGCUACAAGGUGCCUGGACAAGAGGCGAGCGAGCCGGCGCCUGUUGAGCCGCCUAAGAAGUUUGGUCUAUGUAGCUCACAGUCAUCUUCUGCUAUGGGCCGCAGCGUGCCUGAGGUCACGCAUAUGGCGGCCAAGCUCAAGGAGAACUGCUAUAAGGUGCCUGGACAAGAGGCGACUGAACCGGCGCCUGUUGAGCCGCCUAAGAAGCUCACAGUCAUCUUCUGCUAUAUGGGCCGCAGCGUGCCCGAGGUCACGCAUAUGGCGGCUAAACUCAAGGAGAACUGCUACAAGGUGCCUGGACAAGAGGCGAGCGAGCCGGCGCCUGUUGAGCCGCCUAAGAAGGUGAAGACUCGCAAGACGGAGGAGGUGAGCGGCGGCAACUGGUCGCAGGCGCAGCAGGCGGCGCUGGAGACGGCCCUAGCGAAGCACCCCAAGGGCGGCGCCGGCGACCGCUGGCAGAAGAUCGCCGCCGCCGUGCCCGGGAAGACCAAAGAGGAGUGUAUGCAAAGGUGUAAAUAUUUGUCGGAGUUAGUUAGAAAACAAAAACAGAAGGCAGAUGAAGAAUUGCAAAAGGACACAGAAAACGAACCCACCGAGGGUAACCAGACCGAUGCCAACUCUGAGUAAAGGCCCGCCCAUUGAGUGUUGCCAGUGUUAUUAUAUUUUUAACGAUGGUAUUUACAGCCUGCCAUAUCGACUGAAUAAGUCUACGAGUUUGUGGAUAUGAAAA